AUGCGUCGAUUGGCGCCACUCCUGACAAAAGGGCGAGGCGGCGCGGGUAACGGAAUGGGGAUUUCGGCGACGAAAAUCGGGGCCGAUUGCAAUGCGAACGCAGGAUUGCCUGCCAACACAGGUGGAUGCACGCGGUCCAAAAGGGAAGAGGGACUUGAGGAUGAGCAAUCGGAGAUUGGACCGACUAUGCCGGGUUUUCCUGCACGGUUACGUGGUGCGAAGGAGAUUGACCUGCAGUAA